CAUGAUGCAGCUAAUCUUUUUGAUGUUGCAUAUGCAUUUGGAUAUGUAGCACAACAGUAUAAAAAUAAUGUUAAUAGAUUUGGUUAUAAAAUGCAACAAAAACUUGAAAAAAGAUAUGCGAAAUGGGAACAACCUCUCCUUUUAUUGGCAAUUAUAUUUCACCCACAAUAUCUGAUUAAUCAAAAAGAUAUUGGUAAAGUUGCACUCAGAUUGUAUAGCAUUAAAAUUAAUUCUGCACCAUGUAAAUGCCUUUUUUCUCGAAUGGGUUGGUUUCAUAAUCCAAAACGCACUCACCUCAAGUUACAAACAAUCUUUAGAAUGACUCAAGUCGUAGCCGAGAUGGCAUGGGAGGACCAUUUAAAUAAUACUAAAGAAGUCCGCAAAACUGUAAUCGCAAAUCAUAUUACUAGUUCAAAUGAUACUGAACACCAAGAAUCGAAGAUUAAACUUAGAUACUUUUUUACCUACACUUUAUCACAACCGUUAUUCGUUCGUACCCUUCAGCAAGAUGUUGAAGUAUCCGCUAAUAAUUAA